AUGGCCGAUCACAAGUUUCACCCUGCUGUCGCAGUUUCCAACAUCCGAACCUUCGUCCCUAUCACCUUAGACAAUGAAGCCGCCGAUUAUAACACAUGGUCGGAACUAUUUCGAAUCCAUUGUACGGCGUUUCUUGUGGCUGACCACCUUGAGCCUCGUCGUCCCUCACCCACUGCUACCUCGCCCACUGAUAAGGAAAAGCAAUCGGCUUCCCCUCCUGCCGACUCGUGGGAACGUCUUGAUGCCAUAGUUCUCCAAUUGAUAUAUGGCACAAUCUCCACCGGCCUUCUAAAAACAGUAAUACAAAAGAGCACCACCGCAUAUGAUGCUUGGAAAGCCAUCGAGAAUCUCUUCCAAGACAAUGAAGCCACCCGAGCCCUCUUUCUCAAACAGAAAUUCGCAAACACUCGUCUUGAAAAUUUUUCUUCCAUGCAUGAAUAUUGCCAAGAGAUCAAGGUUUUGGCCGAUCAAUUGAAUAAUGUUGAUGCCCCGGUUGACGAACAAGAUCUCGUUUUGCAAACCAUAGCCAGUCUUACCGAACAAUACGAAACCGUAGGCACCAUACUCCAAAACACCAAACCUUUGCCCUCGUUCUUUGAGGUCCGUUCCCAUUUAUGCAUGAAUGAAACUACAAAAGCUAACCAAGCCCUCCACUCUGCCCAACAAGCCGCAACCGCUCUACACGUCCGAAGCCAAACCUGCUCCUCUUCGGCAAAUCACAAUAGCACCGCUUCGGCAAAUUGCUUUUGGUGUAGUGGAUAA